AGUGGCUCCGACGGCGUGGCAUGUGGGUUCGCAAUGAUGUAGCUGCGUCGUACGCUUCAACACCUUGUGUCACGACCAGACGCGUUCAGAGGAAGGUAUAGGUCCGACACCUCUCCUACACACUGAUUUACUUCAUCUCGACUCUCUUCUCAAGCCACUUGCUCAAGCUCAAGCUUAUUCUCGAAGAUGCACUCCUCCACGUUCCUCAUCGUACUCGCAGCUUCCCUCGCGUCUGCUCGUCCAGCAACUCCAAAUCUCACCGAUUUCUACCUCGUCACUACGACCUCCCGCGACCCGGUCUCGAACUCCUCACUUCUGCCUAAUGUGAAUGCCACGUCACUCUUUGACGCCGAUGGCGACAGCAGCGACCUGUACCAGCUGCGCCUGAUCGGCCCAGGAUAUGGCAGUCUUCCCAGGUUCAACUUGGUAGACAACGCGUUGCAUACCACCUCGUACGGCCCUCAUGGCAAUGGCGAAUACGACUACGAGAGCACCGAAGUGGAGACAGGCGAGGACCUGGCCUUUGAUCCUACGCCGGAGGACGGCAGCAACUUGAGCCUGAAGGAGGGAUACCUGUUGGCCGUAGAUGGAGAGUGCACGGGGUGGACUGUUUGUCCUGGUGCACGUCAGCAAGCUGUAAUUUCGUGGAAGGGAAAUGAUUCGGGCUGUGAGACGCGCUUCAUUCAGGCCGUGGCUAGUGCUCCAUACUAGAACUGCAAAGAUAAAUGGUACUAGGACUUAUCCUGUUGUGCAUCAUAAUGAAGACCACC